UAGUCAAUCCUCUUUGAUAUAAUCUAACCUACAAUUACAUAUUGUACACAUUGAACAACCAAACUAAAUAUUUACAUAUAUUUUUUUAUUUGAAUGAAAAUAUUAAUUUACAUCAAGUGACAUAGUUUAUAAAAAAAAACAUGCCCAAAUCGGAGAUAAAAGAAUCAAAACAAAUAGCAAGUGGAUCCAUAUUCCAAGAUUUGAAGACCUUUGAUGCAGAUCAUCCUCCAGUGACUACAAUAGAAAGUCUGUGCAUGAAUUGCGGUAAAAAUGGUCUCACGAGAUUGCUCCUAACUAAAAUUCCUCAUUAUAAAGAUAUUAUUUUGAUGUCCUUUCAAUGUGAAAAUUGUGGAUUCGAGAAUAACGAAAUUCAGAAUGGAGGAAAAAUAAAUGAGAAAGGGAUCAGAAUCAAAUUAGAAGUUGUUAAUGAGAGAGAUUUGAAUAGACAAGUAGUGAAAUCUGACUAUACAAGCAUAAAAAUACCGAAACUGAACUUUGAAAUUCCUUCGCAAUCGCAGAAAGGAGAGAUAACGACAAUUGAAGGAAUUAUUGACAGAAGUGUAAUGGGAUUGGAGCAGGAUCAGUCUAGAAGAAAGCAAGAGAAUCCAAAGACAGCAGCGGACAUUGAGCUAUUUAUUUCGCAACUUUUAUCUUUGAAAUCAGUUGAUGAACCUUUUACAAUUAUUUUCGAAGAUAUCACGGGAGAAACCCACGUGGAAAAUGUUAAUGAAUUCCAGAGAGAUCGCCAAUGUUCGAUAACUCAUUUUGUUAGAUCAGAGAUGGAAAACAAAAUGUUGGGUAUUUUUCAAGAGAAUAACGAUGAGCUUCUCAAACCCAUGGAACCAGAAAGUUAUACAUUAGAAGACUUGGAAGGUGAAAUCUUAAAAUUUCCCACCAAUUGUCCUAAAUGUAAUGCUCCCUGCAGUACAAAUAUGAAAAUGACAAAUAUUCCGCAUUUUAAAGAAGUUGUAAUAAUGGCAACAACAUGUGAUGAGUGUGGCCACAAGACGAAUGAAGUAAAGAGUGGUAGUGGAAUUGAGCCCGAAGGAAUACGAAUUCAAGUUCAAGUGACUGGAACAGAAGAUUUCAGUAGAGAUGUCUUGAAAUCUGAAACUUGUUCAAUGGAAAUUCCAGAAUUGGAACUGGAAGUGGGGCCAAAUGCUCUUGGAGGUCGUUUUACAACGAUAGAAGGACUACUCACAGCAACGAAAGAACAAUUAUUAUCGAGUGCUUCAUUUUGCGGAGAUAGUGUUGACGAAACUGUUAAAAAACGAAUGGAUGAAUUCAUUUCAAAAUUAGAUCAAGUUUUGAAUGGCAUUCAUUCAAUUACAAUUAUUCUCGAUGAUCCAGCUGGUAACAGUUACAUUCAGAGCCUCUCAGAUAAUGGUUGUGAUGGCAAAUUGACUAUUACCAAAUAUCAGAGGACUUUUCAACAGAAUGAAGAAUUGGGAAUUAAUGAUAUGAAAGUUGAAAAUUAUGAUACAAAUUAAUUAACUUUAUUUUUAUUGUUGUCUUCACUUCGAUAAUAUUUGUUAAACGCCGAAA